AUGCACGUGAAACGGUACACACAAAUAGCUGCCAUCUUUCUACUCUCUGUAACCAUGGCAAUUGUGGACGCUAGGAGAUGUCGUAAAACGGAAAGAAACGAGGGACAGUGUGUUAUUAGAAGAGACAGAAGGGAGAAAAAACCCAAAAAGUCGAGUAG